AUGGGUGCGGCGGUCGGCUUCCUGUCGGGCAUGUUCGGCGUCGGCGGCGGCUUUCUGAUCACGCCGCUCCUCAUCUUCUACAAUAUCCCUCCUGCCGUGGCGGUCGCCACCGGCGCCAACCAGAUCGUCGCCUCCUCGGUCUCCGGCGUCCUGUCGCAUCUCAAGCGCGGCGGCGUCGACUUCAAGCUGGGCGCGGUGCUUCUCGCCGGCGGCCUGAUCGGAUCGACGAUGGGCGUCUACGUCUACUCCUUGCUGCGCGGCAUUGGCCAGCUCGAUCUGAUCGUCUCCAUCCUCUACGUCGUCUUCCUGGGCACGGUCGGUGGCCUGAUGCUGUUCGAGAGCGUCAGGGCGCUGCGCCGCGCGCGCUCGGGCGAGGUGGUGUCGCUGCGCCGGCCGGGCCAGCACACCUGGGUGCACAAACUGCCAUUCAAGAUGCGGUUCAAGACAUCGCGGCUCUAUGUCAGCGUCAUCCCGGUGCUCGGCCUUGGCGCGGUGAUCGGCAUGCUGGCGGCAAUCAUGGGCGUCGGCGGCGGCUUCAUCAUGGUGCCGGCCAUGAUCUACCUGCUCAAGGUGCCGACCAAUGUCGUCAUCGGCACCUCGCUGUUCCAGAUCAUCUUCGUGGCCGCCUAUACGACCGUCGUCCAGGCGGUGACCAACCAGACCGUCGACGUGAUGCUGGCGCUGCUGCUGAUGAUCGGCGGCGUCGCCGGCGCGCAAUAUGGCGCCCGUGCCGGCCAGCGCCUGCGCGGCGAGCAGCUGCGCGCCAUGCUCGCCAUUCUGGUUCUCUUGGUGGCGCUGCGUCUGGCCUAUACGCUCUUCAUCAUGGGCCUGCGCCGCGCCGUCAUCCUCGUCGCCCUCGCAGCCGGGCUGACCGGCACUCCGGCAGCGGCGCAGGAAACGGCGCCGGUCGGCGACACCGAUGCGGCGGCCGCGGCCAACGCCGCCGAGCAGGCGCGGGUGCCCGAGCGCAUCGAGAUCGGCCUGUCGACCGAAACCGUCGCCAUCACCUCCGAUUUCACCGGUCAGGCCCUGACGAUCUUCGGCGCGAUCGACAAUGUCGAUCCGCUCGUCCACCGGCAGGGCCGCUACGACAUCUUCGUUAUCCUGGAAGGACCGCGAUCGGAGCUGGUCGCGCGCCGCAAGGACCGCGUGUUCGGCAUCUGGAUGAAUGUCGAAAGCCAGUCCUUCGACAACACGCCGCAAUCCUAUCUGAUCGCGUCGACCCGGCUGGCGCGCGACAUCACGAGCCUGGACACGCUGGCACGUCUUUCGCUCGGCGUCGGACAGAUCCGCGUCCAGCCGCACCCCGACAAGAAACAGGCCCGCGAAGUCGAGCAGUUCACCUCUGCCUUGAGGCGCCUCAAACGCGGUGACGGUCUUUAUCAAGAGUUUCCCGGCGGCGUGCGGUUCAUCUCGCAAUCGCUGUUCCGCGCCGAGUUGGCCCUGCCGGCCAACGUUCCGCUCGGCCAGCACCGCGCCCGCGCCUAUCUGUUCCGCAACGGCGAGCUGGUGGGCCAGACCGAGGCGCCGCUGCGCAUCGCCAAGGCCGGUUUCGAGUAUGCCGUGUCCGACUUUGCCCGAACCCAGUCGCUCUAUUAUGGUCUGACCUCGGUGCUGCUGGCCCUGUUCGUCGGCUGGCUGGGCCGCAUCGUCUUCAGGAAGGACUGA